AUGCACUUUUCCAGUGAUGGAUUCCAGUGCAGAGACGUGGCGGGGGAAAGAGACGUGGCGGGGGAAAGAGACGUGGCGGGGGAAAGAGACGUGGCGGGGGAAAGAGACGUGGCGGGGGGAAAGAGACGUGGCGGGGGAAAGAGACGUGGCGGGGGAAAGAGACGUGGCGGGGGAAAGAGACGUGGCGGGGGAAAGAGACGUGGCGGGGGAAAGAGACGUGGCGGGGGAAAGAGACGUGGCGGGGGAAAGAGACGUGGCGGGGGAAAGAGACGUGGCGGGGGGGAAAGAGACGUGGCGGGGGAAAGAGACGUGGCGGGGGAAAGAGACGUGGCGGGGGAAAGAGACGUGGCGGGGGAAAGAGACGUGGCGGGGGAAAGAGACGUGGCGGGGGAAAGAGACGUGGCGGGGGAAAGAGACGUGGCGGGGGAAAGAGACGUGGCGGGGGAAAGAGACGUGGCGGGGGAAAGAGACGUGGCGGGGGAAAGAGACGUGGCGGGGGAAAGAGAGACGUGGCGGGGGAAAGAGACGUGGCGGGGGAAAGAGACGUGGCGGGGGGAAAGAGACGUGGCGGGGGAAAGAGACGUGGCGGGGGAAAGAGACGUGGCGGGGGAAAGAGACGUGGCGGGGGAAAGAGACGUGGCGGGGGGGGAAGAGACGUGGCGGGGAAAGAGACGUGGCGGGGGAAAGAGAAAGAGAGACGUGGCGGGGGAAAGAGACGUGGCGGGGGAAAGAGACGUGGCGGGGGAAAGAGACGUGGCGGGGGAAAGAGACGUGGCGGGGGAAAAGAGACGUGGCGGGGGAAAGAGACGUGGCGGGGGAAAGAGACGUGGCGGGGGGAAAGAGACGAGGCGGGGGGAAAGAGACGAGGGGGGGGGAAGAGACGAGGCGGGGGGAAAGAGACGAGGCGGGGGAAAGAGACGAGGCGGGGGAAAGAGACGAGGCGGGGGAAAGAGACGAGGCGGGGGAGAAGAGACGAGGCGGGGGAAAGAGACGAGGCGGGGGAAAGAGACGAGGCGGGGGGAAAGAGACGUGGCGGGGGAAAGAGACGAGGCGGGGGGAAAGAGACGAGGCGGGGGAAAGAGACGAGGCGGGGGAAAGAGACGAGGCGGGGGAAAGAGACGAGGCGGGGGAAAGAGACGAGGCGGGGGAAAGAGACGAGGCGGGGGAAAGAGACGAGGCGGGGGAAAGAGACGAGGCGGGGGAAAGAGACGAGGCGGGGGAAAGAGACGAGGCGGGGGAAAGAGACGAGGCGGGGGAAAGAGACGAGGCGGGGAAAGAGACGAGGCGGGGAAAAGAGACGAGGCGGGGGGGAAAGAGACGAGGCGGGGGAAAGAGACGUGGCGGGGGAAAGAGACGUGGCGGGGGAAAGAGACGAGGCGGGGGAAAGAGACGAGGCGGGGAAAGAGACGUGGCGGGGGAAAGAGACGUGACGGGGGAAAAGAGACGAGGCGGGGAAAGAGACGUGGCGGGGGGAAAGAGACGUGGCGGGGGAAAGAGACGUGGCGGGGGAAAAUAUUGGCGGGAAGAGAACAUGAAGUGUGA